UGAGGCGGCGGGGCUGGGGCGGCGGGGACCGCGCGAACUGUCAGCGCGGCCCGGUCCCCCCGCGGGGACCCGCCCGCCCGGGGCGCAUUGUGCGAGCGCAGCCCCGCGUGGCCGGGCCUGGCCGGGCGCCGUGUCCCCCGCGGCCCACGCGGCCCACGCUCGGCUUCCUCACCCACUCUCCCCGGCUCGGCUAGUCCCGACCUCGCCGAACUCGAGCGGACACCGGGAGGCCUCGGGGACCGCGGCGGCGGCUCCCGGCCCUCCCCGGGCCGCCCGCCCCCCCCCCCCGCGCGAUCACGGCCCCCGCGUCCCUUCGGCCGGUGUGGCGGUGGGCCCCGAUCCUCUGCAGGGCGGCGGGGGCGGCCCGGCCCGCGCCCUCCUGACAGCGGAGUUCCCUCUUUGCGGCGCCUGCAUGACCGAGAAAGAAGCCAGCACCCCCAAGAAGAAGGAGAGUAAAGUCAGCAUGAGCAAAAACUCGAAGCUCCUCUCCACCAGCGCCAAGAGGAUCCAGAAGGAGCUGGCAGACAUCACUUUAGACCCUCCGCCAAACUGCAGUGCUGGUCCCAAAGGCGACAACAUCUAUGAGUGGAGAUCAACCAUUCUCGGGCCCCCGGGAUCUGUGUAUGAAGGUGGUGUGUUCUUCCUCGAUAUAACUUUUACACCAGAGUAUCCCUUCAAGCCUCCAAAGGUUACAUUUCGUACAAGAAUUUAUCACUGUAAUAUUAAUAGUCAAGGAGUUAUUUGCUUGGACAUAUUGAAAGACAACUGGAGCCCAGCACUAACCAUCUCGAAAGUUCUCCUCUCUAUCUGCUCACUCCUUACAGACUGCAAUCCUGCUGACCCUUUGGUGGGAAGUAUUGCCACUCAGUACAUGACCAACAGAGCAGAACACGACAGAAUGGCCAGACAGUGGACCAAGAGAUACGCUACAUAAACUGGGUUUUCAGUUCUUACAUUAUCUGUCUGUCACAGAAGAGAGCUGCUUAUGAUUUUGAAAGGGUGGGGGAGGGUGGGAAUUGGAAAAGAGUAGGGUAUUUCUAUAACAGAUAUUAUUCAGUCUUACUUCCUAAGAUUUUGUUGUAACUUAAGGUAUCUUGCUACAGUAGACAAAUUGGUAAUAGUGACUUUUAGAGCUGUCAGUUUUGCGAGAUUAGCUUACUUUUAGUACAACAGGAAAGAAUGCGCGUGUAGACACUUGGGUUUCAUUGAGUGUAGUCUACUGUAAUUUCUAAAUGAGCUUACAUUUGUAUAGGUUACACACUUGGCCAUUGAUGCAAAGUCCUACUUUCUUCUUUUAAAAAGUUGGAAUUUGUUUUUCCUUCUUAGAGGAAAACAAUGGUAUUUAACAGUUUGUAGAGAUUGUUACCUCGUACAUGUAAAAUGGACACCUGGCUAUGAGACACCAUGUAGGAAACGAGUAGUUAAUGUAUUUUAUUUCAUAUGCAAGUUACUUUAAAGGUUGAAUCAGGAUUUGUGGAACCCUGUAGUGAAAUACCUUAAGCUGUUAACUGUAGGUGUGAAAUAGGAACUGCUCAGUGGACUGGUUAUGUGUUUUAGACUUCUUACGUCUGCAUUUGUUACUGUGCUAAUAAACAAUAUUAAGAACAACCCUGA